GACGAGCGACCGACACCGAAACUACAAUGUCAAGCAUUUACGGGACACCGAGCUCCUCCGCGUUCAAGGACCCGUCCUGAUUUCUGAAUAUACGCGCAAAAUCUACGAACAAUCAGAUGCUAUUCCUGGAAGCAAAAGAUUGAGAUGAUGCAUCAUCUUUCAGACAAGGUGGAAGUGUGAGUGAGUCAGGGAGAGAUGGAGGUGAUUAGAAGAAAAGACUCUGACUCAAACGGCCUCUUCUCAGACAACUCGGACAAUGACUGUGAGGACAUGGGGGCUUGUGGACAGACGACUGGAGUGUGUUUGUGUGAAAAUACCCCCUUUACCAGCUUCUGUGAUCAGCACCCUAAGGAGGACUCCAGUGUGAAGUGUGUCCAGUGCGGUAAGAACAGACCCAUGAUCACCAGAUACUCAGAGGGUUACGGCACAGAGGAGGAGUGUGUCCAGCCUCAUCUUCAGGGAGACAGCGACGCAGACGCAGACAUCGAGGACACAGACAGCAGGCUCCAGAUUGUGGGGUCCCUCCAGCGAAUCAGCUCCCGGAAGAGAAAGCGUCAGCGAAUCACGCGGCAGGACACAACGGAGAGCGAAGACGACGGGGGCCGGAGCCACAGGACGCACCGCUGGAGUCUACGACUCAGUCCUCAUCGCACACAUAACAGGACCAUACUGGAGGAGAGCAUUUCUCAGGUGCGGCCGCUGGUAAUCUGCCGCUGUGCAGCGCGAGAGAAUCAGACCGUCAUAGACGACAAACCCGACUGUGGAAAAUGGCCCCUGACAGUAUUUCCCAUCCCUCUUUCUCUCCCUGUGUCCUAUUAUCUGCUCAUCGUCUCUCUCUCCAUAUCCAUUAUCAUCGUUCUCGUGUCAUUCCUCCUACCGCUCACAGACACUUGACACUUAAAAUAUCACUGUAUAACCCUCUUCACCGUAUGAAUCAAUUCAUACAGUUGUGUCGACAUGUACUGUACAGUGUAUUAGACCCUUUUAUACAGUGUCAUCUAUAGAAGCCUGUUUUUGCCACAUAAGCAAAAAUGCUUUGGUAAAUCAUUAUGAGAUAAAAAGUCAAAAUUGUGACACAUUAUGUCAAGGAGAUAAAAAGUGAUAAUAUUUGCACUUUUUAUAUCAAAAUUGUGACUUGGUGUGUCACAAUUAUGAUAUAAAAAGUGCAAAAAUUAUGACAUAAGUCAUAAUUAUGAGAUAAGCUCAAAAUUGUGACACUAAGUCAUAAUGAGAUAAGAAGUCAUAAUUGUGACACACUAACGCCGGUUUCACACUGCACGCGUAAGCAGAGCGUAAGCAGCGCAUAUUUUUUUUGGCGCCCAUGUUAACAGAUUAUAGAGUAUUCACAGCACACGCAGAGGCGGCGCGUAGCAGGAGCAGAGCAGAAGCGGCAGUGCCACGAUCGUUUCGGCGCCAAGUCUAUUUUUGCUGCACCGCUUACGCUGAAUUAAAGCCACAGUGUAUUGUUCUUGAUCAAAAUUGACCUGAUUAACAUGAAAAAUAACAAUUUCACCAUAAAAUCGUGUAAGUGAGGUGUUUCGUGUUUCACAAUCAUGGGGCAAAAGGCACACAGUAUUGAUAAAUACUUUAGCUAAAAUAAUGUUUGUUUGUUUUUGUCUAAGUUAAUACUUGUUCAAAAC